AUGGGCCAGAAGGUUCAUGAAGGUAAAAGCCCCCGGGCUGAGGUGGAAGGUGGAGCUGAUGAGGGUGUGAGUGUAGAUGAGGACCCGGAGGCGCCGCAGGAGGACCUGGGUUCGAGAAGAAAAGGGAAAAAGGAACGAGAAGCCGAGAAAAAGGAGAGCGAAGCGCAGAAGGAGCAGCAACGGCAACAGAGAGACGGCGACCGCACGAAGGCCAAGGGCCGGAGGGACGGCGACCGGGACCACAACGACGGACACUACCACAGGGAUGGGAGGGACAGGACCUUGCAAGACCACCAUGACAACCACAGAUACUACAAGGGCCAGUAUAAUAAGUACGACAAGAAGUAUAGGGAUGAUGAUGACGAUGAUGACGACGACGACGACGACGACGACGACGACGAUGAUGAUGACGAUGAUUACAGACACAAAAGGAGGCAUUACAGGAAGAAAAGAUACGACGACGACGACGACGACGAUGACGACGACGACGAUGAUGAUGACAGAUACAAGAGGAGACGAGGAGGCAAGCACGAUGAUGAUGAUGAUGAUGAUGACAGGAAGAGGAAAGGGCUGAUGAGACAUUGGCAGAAGCCGGCCAAGAAGAACUACCGCAGGGAAGUCACAGGGCCAAAGAAAGAAUUUAUUCGACGACGGGGUAAGAACCACACUAAGCAGCACAACCUGGAGUGGUUGGAUAAACGGGCACAGGGGCGUGCGAGCCGGCGGAGAGAGGGUCAGAAGGCCGACUGGCUGUUUGAACGCGCGCGGGACCGAAACACAUUGCGUGAAAAAGAGCUUAAGUCUGAAUGGCAGUUUGAGAGAGCCCGCGGCCGGAGGGAGAUCCGAGGCGAGGCCCACGCGGAAGAGGCGGCCCGGGCCAGAGGGCGCGGUCAUGGGGGGCGUGAGCGGUAUGAAAAGCACUUCAACUAUAGGCGGUACGUUAGGUUCGAUGACGAUGACGACGACGACGACGAGGAGGAGAGGUACCAGUACCACUUCCACGAGGCGAGGCGGGGGAGGGAGCGGGGCGGGCAGCGCGAGCACUACCGGCGGGGCAAGGGGCAGCGGGAGUGGAUCAUUCCCAACUUCCACGCCGCAGGGAAGCACUACUAAGCAUGCUCGUUAUCCUCAUAGAGUAGUAGUGUCCCCUUCGUGUGUAUUAGUCUGGAAAUUGUAGUAAUAAAGAUAUUGGUCAGUGAAAAAAGGAAAAGAUUAGAGGUAGUGGGAGUUCUUGCUACUAAUGGUUUCCUCUGAGGCCAAGCCUUUGUAGCAUUAGUCGAGCCCGACUCUUGGCCCCUCCCCCCUUCACUCAUAUCCGCUUAUUUUGCCUUCCCUUUUCUCUUCUUUUGGAAAUAAGACUAUUCAUAAUAUUUAAGAAAAAAAGUUCUCAAUAUUGUUCUAGGACGGAUUAUUUUGUCUGGUUACACGGAUUGAUUUACUUUUGAUUAAUGAAGAAGUUAAGUUCAACCUUUGACUGACUCCAUCCCUCCACACUUCCCUUGAAAGUCAUUGUUAUUGUCUGUAGUGCAGCCAUUUUAGGCAUAUAAUCAAGGUCUUUAUAGAUUUUUCCAUAAUUUUUUUUUCAUCAAGUUUGGAAUCGUGUAAUGAAGCCUACUUCUUAUGAAUGAUGAAUAAACUUUUGUACAUUUUUUGCUAUAUAAAUGUCAAGGGAGAUGCUAUUUCUAUUUUAGAUAAGUUCAUUUUCAAGUGGGUUUUCGCUGACUUAAAUUUUAAGGCUACUGAAAUUCCAUGAGUGGAAGCUGCAUUUUUGACAGUUUUUAUGCAAAUACCAGUGACCUGAGAUUUUUCCUUCAGCUCUUCACAUUUUUUUUCUCAAAGUCUUUUCUCACUUGAUUUAUCCUCAACAGCUUUUUUUGUCCCUCUUUUUACAAUGUACUUUUUUCUUUCUCUUCUCUAAACUUCCUUAUUUCCAUUCCAGAUGACUAAGCCUCGAUGCUCUUUCAUUGUUAGUUGUACACUAUUGGAAGGAACAAAAUUCCCCAGAUGAAAGCAUGAGACUAGACAGGAAAUUAGCUCAGAAUAGUGCUAAAUGCCUUCACUGCGCAUCAACUGGUAAUCCUGCCUGUAUAUUUCAGCCACUGCACAAAGUAGCACUGCAGCAGAUGUCCUCGCAUAUAUAGUUUUCUUUGUAUUUUUUAUCGUUCUAGCUUUUUUAAAUCGUUACUUGGAUUGUCGAAAUAAAUAUUUUUUGUUUAAUAUAACUGACCGAGCUCCGGAGCAGCUCGCGAGUGUAAUCUAACCCGCAUGGUUUUCUGUUCCUCCCUUGGUUCUUCUCUCACACGUUAUGCGACUUCCUAAACGUUUGUCCUUUCUUUCUCCUCGAAAAGCGUCUCUUGUCAGCCUUGCAGCUCACCGGGUGUGAUUUUUUUUAUUUAGGUGUUGUGUCCUAAACCUUGAUGGUUCCUUCAAGGUACAGUGAACGCUAUGUUAAAUUUCAAGGUAAAUUUAAACUUUAUGCUUUAAUGUCAUAUGUGAUAGCCAUUUAUAUAUAUUAAGAAAAAAAAAACAGGUUUGUAAAACAUUUCAUUUAAAAGCGGUUGAUGGUGUCCUUUUUUGAGUUGUUAUGAGGUUAGAAAAAAAAUCUGAAUAAGAAUUUUUUUCUUAGCAUGAACUUGGAAAAUUAUUGGAUAUAUAUUAUUGGAAAUUAAUGUCUUUGAUUUGAUGUAUGUGAUUUAUAUGAGAAAUACAAAUGCUGAUGUUAUAAUUGUUUGACUACCAGAUGCCUUACUUUUAAUCUUUCUUGUGAUUAAAAACCAUCACUUGUUUCCCAUUUAUCUCGUGUGCUAGUCUUUUGUCAUCCGUGAAACUUAUGUUAUUGGAUAUGUCAAUAAACCUUACUGAUA